AUGCCUCUGGUGAAGCGCAGCAUUGAGCCGCGGCACCUGUGCCGAAGGGUGCUGCCGGACGGAGUGACCAGCGAGCUGGAGUGCGUCACCAACAGCACCCUAGCAGCCAUCAUCAAACAGCUCGGGGGACUCAGCAGGCAUGCGGAGGACAUAUUUGGGGAGCUGUUCAAUGAAGCCAACAGCUUCUACAUGCGCAUGAACAACUUGCAGGAGAGAGUUGACCAGCUGGCCGUCAAAGUCACACAACUUGACUCAACUGUGGAGGAGGUGUCACUGCAGGACAUCAACAUGAGGAAGGCCUUCAAGAGCUCUACCAUUCAGGACCAGCAGGUGGUGUCCAGGAACUCCAUCCUCAACUCCGUCCUGGAGAUGUACCACCGCUCUGACAAGCCGCCGCCCCUCAACAUCCUCACUCCGUACAGAGAUGACAAGAAGGAUGGCAUGAAGUUCUACACAGACCCCUCCUACUUCUUCAACCUGUGGAAGGAGAAGAUGCUGCAGGCCACAGAGAACAAGAGGAAGGAGAAGAGGAGGCAGAAGCAAGAGCAGAAGCACCACGAGGACCCGAGUCGGGAGGUGAAGAAGGUGCGUAAGGCGCGUAACCGGCGGCAGGAGUGGAACGUGCUGGCCUACGACAAGGAGUUCCGGCCCGACGCACGCCUCACGCCCUCGCCCUACCACGGCAUGUCCUCCGAGGGAUCCCUCUCUCCCGACAGGUCAGGCAUGUCGGACGAGCUCUCGUACCCGGCCAGCCCCAACCACCCUCCCCAGGAGGUGGGCCCGGACGGCAAGGACGCGGCCCCCACGCAGACCCAGUCUCUGGACCGCGCCUACAGGCCCCCGGCCUCCUCUGGUGCCCCCUCCGGGGCCCGGCAGCACUCUCUGGGCCGCGUGCCCUCGCACCAUCCACCGCCGCCCACCGACGCCGCACUCAACGGCCCCCGACCCACAUCUGCCAAAGACUACAGUGGCCACUAGUUGCCAGAGCACUUUGUGCCCCCUGCUCCCCCUCCCCCACCCCCCCUCAUCCCCUCCGCCCAGACCGCCUUCGACAGUGGUGCUGCCUCCGCCGCUGGUGGUAUCGGAGUUCCCCCCACCCUCCCGCCUGGCACUAUGUCAGCCAUCUCCCGCCCCUACAGCCCCUCCCCUCCCCCCGCACCCCCUGCCAACUACGUGCCCUCCCCGUCCCACCCGGCGGGCGCCGGAGGUCCACCCGUGGCCCCGCCGCCCCCACCUCCCGGCCCCAUGCCCGCCGGGGCCCAUGCCCCGUCCCCUGCCCGCCCAGGGCACCCUGCUGGUGGGGUGGAGGGUGCCACGCUGCCCCGCAAGGGACAGGUGCCCGCGAUGCCCAUCAGCGACGCACGCAGCGACCUGCUGGCAGCCAUACGAAGAGGUAUCCAGCUGCGUAAGGUGCAGGAGCAGCGUGAGCAGGAGGCUAAGAAGGAGCCGGUGGGUAACGAUGUGGCCACCAUCCUAUCACGACGCAUCGCCGUGGAGUACAGCGAAUCAGACGAGGACUCAGAGCCCGAGGAGAACGAGUGGUCCGACUGA